UGGGCCGGUGAGCUCAUGGCAAAGGCACCUAGCGGGGCGGGGGUGGGUGCCCUGGCAUAUAAAGCCCGUGGGGCCCCGGGGCCUGCAGGGGCGGUUGCGCACGGUACCAUGGCGGGCUCCGAGGAGGUGCAGAAGGCCACGGCACUCAUCGAGGAGCGGCUGGCGCAGGAGGAGGAGAAUGAGAAACUCCGAGGAACCACCCAUCAGAAGCUGCCCAUGGAGAUGCUGGUGUUGGAGGAUGAGAAGCAGCACAGGCCUCAGAGUCCAUCCUUACAAAAGGUUAAGGGUCAAGAGCGCGUGCGUAAAACAUCCCUAGACCUGCGGAGGGAAAUCAUCGACGUGGGUGGGAUCCAGAACCUCAUCCAGCUGCGGAAAAAACGCAAGCAGAAGAAGCGGGAAGCCCUGGCAGCCUCCCAGGAGCCACCUCCAGAGCCGGAGGAGAUCACCGGCCCUGUGGACGCGGAGACAUUCCUGAAAGCGGCAGUGGAGGGGCAAAUGAAGGUCAUUGAGAAGUUCCUGGCAGACGGGGGUUCCCCCGACACCUGUGAUCAGUUCCACCGGACAGCACUGCACCGAGCUUCCCUGGAGGGCCACAUGGAGAUCCUGGAGAAGCUUCUAGAGAGUGGGGUCACUGUGGACUUCCAGGAUCGGCUGGACUGCACAGCCAUGCAUUGGGCCUGCCGUGGGGGCCACUUGGAGGUGGUGAAGCUUCUGCAAAGCCGGGGAGCAGACACCAAUGUGAGGGAUAAGCUGCUGAGCACCCCCCUGCAUGUGGCAGUCCGGACGGGGCACGUGGAGAUCGUGGAACACUUUCUAUCCCUGGGCCUGGACAUCAAUGCCAAAGACAGAGAAGGGGACAGUGCCCUGCAUGACGCCGUGAGGCUCAAUCGCUACAAAAUCAUCAAACUGCUGCUCCUGCACGGGGCUGACAUGAUGAGCAAGAACCUGAAAGGAAAGACCCCCACGGACCUGGUGCAGCUGUGGCAGGCUGACACCCGGCACGCUCUGGAGCACCCAGAGCCGGGGUCAGAGCAGAACGGGCUGGAAGGGUCUGCCGAGAGUGGGCGGGAGACCCCGCAGCCUGUGCCAGCCCAGUAAACGACUGUCCCAGCCCAGCCAGGCACCUGGCCUGUCCCCUGCGUACAGCCGGAGGGUCAUAAGAAUGGCCCCCAGAGCUGAGGACCACACCAUUCCUCUGUGUACGCCCCAGGAGCACCCACAAGCUACCGCAAUUUUAAAAAAAGUCAUUUUUGCUGUG